AAUAGGGUGCUUUAUUCUCUGAUACUGGGUGGUAUUAUCAGUUGAAAUUGCAUGUUAGCUAGUUUAGUUAGCAGUCUCCUAAAAUAAUCAAAGGGAAGAUUUAACUAUAUUGUCUCUGCAUAAGAAAGGAAAACAAGGUCUAAUGGACUCCAACAGUGAAGACAAGUACCAAAAUACUGAACAUGCCUUACCACAGGAUGCAGCCCAGUACAGGGUGACAUAUCCUCAUGGGAGGAACACAAAAGAGGCAGAUUAUGAUAAAAACGAGGAGUUCAACAAAAAGAGGUAUGCACUGAGUCGCUCUGGCAACAACCCAGGCAGAGUGAAGCGGGUCGUGUCAUGUAAGAGGAAGACCCAUCAUCUGACGGUGGCUCGGAGGAAGCAGCUCGGGACCGGGAGGACUUAUGAAGCUGCAAACAAGGAGAAUGAGAUGAAGUACAUGCAGGACAUGCAACAGGAGAUAUUUGACAUGGACCCUUGGGAGUUCCCACUAAAUGUCAGUAAUAUCCACAAGACGGGUAGAAGUGGUUCUGAACAAGAUGACUACUGUACACUCGCUGAGGUUAGAAAUACUAUUACGGCUCAGACUAUAUUUCUGUUUCUUGUGUUGUUGUUUUUUAUGAAUUACUGCGUUACUAAUAUGCAGAUAAAACCUGAACCUAAUGAUGUUUUUCAGCUCACAGGGGAUCAUAGCAUAAUGACUGAUGUGCUCUUUGGGAGAAAUCUGAGACUGAAAGUGUCUUUAACAUUGUGGCAGAGAAAUGUUGGAGAGCUGUUGACAUACUUUCUGAGAAUCCAAGACACUGGGGUGUUUGUUGAUUUUCUCCCACUGAUAAGCAAAAGCAUUGAUGAGGAUUCCCCCAGGAUCACCAUUGGCUGUUGUGUUGACAUCUUUCCUUUAGUUAAGAAAGUCCUCACCACUCCAUAUGAAGAGUACCUUAUUGUUGGUUUAAAGUGGAUAAAUUCAGUUUUGAAAAACUGGUGGGAAGAACUAAGAGCAAGUGGAUAUAGUGGCUCAGCUAAACCUCUGUUGCAUGAUAAAAAUUUCCAGGCCUUUAAUCAGCAGUUACUGGAAUUAUGGCAUCAGGAACCUUUACUGAAAUUUGUUCCAGGAACUGCUGGAGACAUGGCAAAGGUCAUUGAUUCUUUCCUGUCUCUACUUACCUGAUGGCCAUGAAGAGCCAGAUAACAAGUCAAUUAGGAUUCAAAGAAUCCUAAGUAGAAUCGUUAGAUUGGAGCUGCUUUUGUUUCCACAGAGAAGUGCCUUUUAGUUUGUACUGUACCUGUCCUGAGGUGAUGUCAGUAGAGCUUGAUGUAUUUAUUGGCUUGACCAACUUGAACAGAAGUACUGAGAAUGUACCAUAUUGAUUUAAUCAUGUGGCAAAUUUGAUUUGAUUGUCUUUUCAUUGCCCAAGUAGGAUGUUGUAAUUAUGAUUAAUUACUUAUGUCACAGAAACUUGGAGGCUUUCAUGAAUUUAAGAAUGAAUGUAAGAAUAUUGUUUCAUUGAUAUGUUGUGUGUAUCUAUUCUCUUUAUUUGCCCCAUUGGAAUAAAGUUUGUAUUUAAACAUUUUAA